GUAGGCAGGGAAUCUUGCCCCGAAGAAUUUGUUUCACGCAAGUCGUGCCCAUUGUUCUUAUGAGCCGAGGUAGUGGAGGACGCCGUUUUCUCUGACGCCAGCGCCGCAAACUAGCCGUCACGGCACGCACUGCCGCCCAGUCCUUGUGCACUAUAUAAACAGGCCCCCACUCACCCCUCCUCCCUCAUCGAGUUCACAAUCCUUCAAACUUUCUGACUCACAACCACUCCCGUUCUCUACACAAUGUUCUUCGCCGCUCUCACCCUCUUCUCCGCUGCAGUCGCCGUCAAUGGCGCGGGGCUCAAGGCCGCGUCGACCUCGCCAUACGGCCAGAGCACGAGCAACUUCGCUCUUCACCAGAUCAACCCGUCCGCCUACGUCCUCGACGCGGGCCAUGCUGUCGACCUCACGAUCUCCGCCGUCGUCGAGGGUGGGCUGCUGAAGAUGGUGUGCCCCACGGCCGGGCUGGAAGCGGUGCUCGUCCCUGUCGCGCAGUCGAACCCAGCGAACUACACUGUUGAAUUCGUGAGCUCGCACGACGGCCUGCCGGAGGGCGCCGUCUUCGGCGGCUGGAGCCUGUCGGACGACAGGAUCGGGCUGUCCAACGCCAACUUUACCAAGGUCGUGAACACGAUUGGCGACGGCGAGGGCAAGUUCGCAAACGAGCACACGGCGCUCUACGGGGACGAUGUGUUCGCGUUCACCUGGGUCGACGAGCCCUACUCCCAGGGCGGCGCGUACUACUUGGGCUCGUACCUCGUCCUCGACACCGCCAAUGACGUCGCGUGUUAAGUAGUGCC